CAACUCUUGCACACAAAGCAGCAAUCACCUGCUAGGGCUGUUGUAAUCGAUAUAGAGAUGUUUUAUAGUAGUACCAUUUUUGUGGAAUAUUUCUUUGCGGAACACGUAUACUAUUUUUCGAUUGUAAAAAGUAUUUAUUGUGCUACUUUAAGCUCUGAACAUAUGUCAAUUUAUAAGAGAAUUUGAUAAACGAAUAGACAGUAAUCGAAAUGUAUCUAAAAUAGUGCCAGACCACAGAUUUCUACAUGAUCUGACAAAAAAACAUGAAUGCAAUGGGUUCUCUUCAGAUUAGGGGUCUACUUUGCAUGCAGCAUUUCCGUUUCUCUCCCAGGCUGCGGUGAAAUUCUCUGUGGAAUGUGGGGAUGAGAGGAAUGAAGAAGCUUAACGUUAGACUCGAACACGGAUGUUUAGUCACAAGGCAACAGCAAUCCCCACAAGCCUCUCAGGCAUUCCUCAGCUCCACCACUUGGAACAAGAUGGCUUUUGCUUUCAGCCUGCAUCUGGUAUCGUUUCUUUUAUAGUAAUAGGGAUUAUUAUUUGUUAUAUUUGACAUACAACACAAUUAGUGGCACAAAGAUUUGGCCAAAGGUAGUGUUGGAAAAUAUUCUCAGGCAUCCCAUAUUCUCUUUCCUAGUGGCUCUCCGAGCAUUUUCUCUCUCACACACACACACACACACACACUCACACUCACACUACAUCUAAACUCAAACAUAAGUUUCACCCUUAAGGGUUACUUUGGCCAGAAUUGUCAUGACAGAGAUUUUCUACACCAUGUGUCUCACUUGAAUGUGGGCCAACAGUUAAUAUGAUUUUUUUGUGUCUUUAUUGGUCGGAUUGGCAUUAAAUGUCAUUUAACUCUAACGUUACCUCUCUUGAUUGCACUAAUGUAAGAUUCCACUUGGCUUCAUAGAGUGAACUUCCAAGUAAAAGCCACUAUGCCAAUUCUUUGUGAGGAAGUUUCAUUUCCCAAUCAGAACAUGAUCUUUGUUGUUAUGAUUGAAGGCAGCAGGGGGCACGAACACAUGCUUUCAACUUCCCAAAAUUGUUUCGUCCACCUACAUAUGAUUCUAAUUUGGGUUUCCUCUAAAUAUUUCAAAGCAUUUUUGGCAUUGUUUAUGACUGUACUUGCCAUCAUUGUUUACAAAUGAGAUGAGCAAAAGAAUGACAGACAUUUGUAUUGCUCUGCUCUGACUCAAUGCUGCUAUUUCUACUUGGGAGAGAUGGUGCCCGCAAUUUUUUCAUCUACACAAUGGAAAUAGGCGGAGAUUGAACUCAGCCUCGUUUAUGUAAAUCCGUUCUACAUCCACUUUAGGCCCACUUUUGUACUUCACUGGCCGUUUCUUGUCCGUCAACCUUGAACUUGUUAUCUUUAAUGUUUAGUUUUUUUGAUGUCCUUGAUAAUUAAGAUCUGGUUACACACUUUCUUCCUUGAAAUACCCUUUUUUCAAAUAAAUAAUUAUUAAAUCGGUUAACAUUUCUCUGUGUACUUUUAAUGGCCUUACUUUCGUUUUCGUUUUUGUUUUUUUCUGCUGUAUAAAACGAAACUUAAAAAGCAGAACUGUUUUCCCUCAUUUCAAAAGAUAGUUCUUCAAUUUAGGAUAAACCUGCAGACGUCUGUCGAUUCAGCUGUUGAAAUAUAUCAUCAAAAGAUCACUGUUCUUGAGUAGAUCAGAAAUCAUCAGAAUACAGAAAAUGCCAAUUCCAUACGAAAGUUUGCAUGGCAGCCAAUGCUCUCCAAGGAAGCGUGCAGGUGUUGUGACCAUCGUUUUUGCAAUCGGAGCUCUGACUGUACUGGGUGACAUACUAGCCGUGACUGUGUUGGAACGGCCCCAACCUGCUCACAACGGGACACUUCCUGCGAAUAACGUGUCUGCUGAGAAUGCUUCGACUGACCAAUGCAGUUUGUUGGUGCUCUAUCACUUCAGAAUUAUUCUAGUGGAGAGCAUUCCCUUGGGUGUGACCUAUGACGAGGACAACGUCACCUUUGGUGUCCCACUGGAACAAGCCUGGAACGACCUCAUCUCCCUGGCCACUGAGAACGUCGAGGUGGCUUCUUUUUACUGGAGCUUGACUGGUGGAGAUGUAAACGUCAAUUCCUCCUCUGCACUACCUGGUAUGGGUAUUCUGGAGAGAUUAAAAAAGUUGCCUAGGAGGAACGUGGCGGUGCGGGUGGUCACCAGUGAGCCCACUGUGCCGAACAACUCUACUGACCUCAAUAUUCUGCUUGAGAACGGGGUUGAGGUAAAGAGGGUGGAUUUUGGACGAUUGACUAAGGGAGUUCUUCACAGCAAAUUCUGGAUAGUAGACAAACGUCAUGUUUUUAUCGGGAGUGCCAACAUGGAUUGGAGAGCCCUCACAGAGGUUAAAGAAUUAGGAGCGCUCAUCUACAACUGCACCAGCCUAGCAAAGGACCUCCACAAGAUUUUCCAGUCUUUCUGGGAGAUGGGCGAAUCCAACAGCUCCCUGCCUGAACCAUGGCCCUCAGACUACGACACUGCCAUUAACAAAGAUCACCCCCUGGUGGUGGAAGAUGGUAAUGUUUCCAGCAGAAUCUACCUAUCAGGUUCUCCUCCAUCAUUCUGCCCCUCCUCCCGGACGCUGGAUCUCGAGGCCAUCCUCUCGACCAUCUCAGAAGCCGAGCGCUUUGUCGAUGUAGCCGUGAUGGCGUAUUCCCCAACCUCAUGGCUGGAACACCACAGAAGCUACUGGCCGGUCCUCGAUAAUGUCCUCAAACGGGCAGCGUUCGAGCGGGAGGUUAAGAUCCGGAUGCUGAUCAGCUGUGGGCGGGACUCCGACCCGGCCAUGCUGCAUAACCUUCGAUCCCUCGCUUCCUUUAAUUACCCCCCCCAAAACAUCCGUAUCCUAGUGAGACUGUUUGUCGUACCUGUGGGAAACAAGACGGAUAUUCCUUAUGCGAGAGUAAACCAUAACAAAUACAUGGUCACUGAUAAAGUAUCAUACAUUGGUACUUCAAACUGGAUUGAGGAUUACUUUUCAAACACAGCAGGUGUUGGCCUGGUCGUUUCUGAACAGGCCCUAGACCCGCUUCAGAAGACCACAACACUGCAUCACCAACUUAAGGCCGUGUUUAAUAGGGACUGGAACUCUGAAUUUGCUGUAGACCUUGAUAACCUGGGCCAUAAUCCUGACUGUGCACUAUCAAGCGCACACAGAUAACAAAUUAGUUAGGACGGAAUGGCCAGGCAAACUUCUAAUUAAUCAAUGCUAUAUCCCAUUCAAAAUGUCAGCACAAUUGUGAUUGUUCUAUUGUGUUGAUAUUUUAAUCAUGUCUUGAAAUAUUUUAUGAUGCGAGCUUUUAGGGAGAUUAAUAUAGAACCGUCAGGGCCGCUCCACCAUAGUGUCGUUGUAUUUUAAAUCUUAAAUGGCAACCUAAAAUCCAAUAAUCUCUGCUGUAUUUUAACAUGGUAAUGGUGGAGAGCAUAUAUAUAACAUUGUUUAGUGUGUGGUCAUAUAACCUGCAACUUCGUCACAGGAAAUUAGACCAAGCUGUCUUUCUACAGAUUUUCCUGAGAUAAAGUAUAUUUAUGUGUAAAUGUUAUGUUUGUGUCCCAUAUGAGAUGUCUUGGUUUCACACCCGUUAUACAAUUUUAAAUGGGCAAAUGUUUAUAAAGAAGCUGUUGGAGAACCUUA